GUGUAUUGUUUGUCGUUUCUUUUUCCUUGCAUCAGUACUAGGUUUGAUGUGUGUCGCAGCUGGAGAUCUUAAUUUCUCGCCACAAAUAUAGCAUUCGCAGAGCUCUGGCUCUCCGUUUCCGCAAUUGAAAGCCGAAGUGCCUCCUCCUACCCUUUCGUGAUCUCGAUCUUCCGCACGAAGAAUUCUUCCGAGGUAUAGGGUUCAGAGGCGACGGAAAGGGUGUGAAGAGCGAAAGAGAGGAAUGGGAAGGGGAAAGGUGCAGCUGAAGAGAAUUGAGGACAAGAGCAGUCGGCAAGUGACUUUCUCGAAGCGGAAGGGCGGGCUGAUAAAGAAGGCUCGAGAGCUCGGAGUGCUGUGCGACGUGGAGGUGGCGCUCGUGAUCUUCUCCGACCAAGGCAGGCUCUAUGAAUUCUCUAGCGCCGAGAGUCUUGGAAAAAUCCUCGAGCGUUAUAGGAGACACGUAGAAGAAGAAAUCGCUGUCCGCAGGAGUUCUGAGCUAGAAAAGGCAAAUCAUGCUGACUGCCCUGGUCUUCAGAUGGGCGCUAGGCCACUGGAAAUGAUACAAAGGUACCUUGAAGAACAGAAUAUUCAAGAGAAAACCUUGAUAGAACUCACUCACUUAGAGAUAGAACUGGAUGUGAUGUUGAGACAAACCAGAUUCAGAAAGACACAGCUAAUGAUUGAAGCUAUAAAAGCGCACCAUGAAGAGGGGGCUCUAACUGUAAUCUUAACUAGUAUUUUUGAAGUAAAUGCAAAUAUGGCUACUACUAUUAUUAGAUCAUUUACAAAUGUUGAUAGCAUCAAGAGCUGUGCCACAAUGAAAUGGCAUGACGAGAUUUUAGGAAUUUGAGUGAGUGAAAUUGUAAUACGUUAUAUCUGUUAGAGGGUGGUAAAUGAACUUUCGUAUUGAGCAUUAUUUGCAAAAUCUGAUCCAACUGUAGUAGUCUAUUAAUUGAUAGAUGCAUAUAUGAUGUUUACAAUUAAUAGAUUCGUUUAUCCCACAAUGAUGCUAAAGCCAUUGUGAUAUUAGAAAAUCAAGCAGCUUUAUCUACCACUACCAUAGUCUAGGAUCAUCAAGUACAGAAGUAGAUAAAAGAUAGAGAAGACCCUCUCAAUCUUACACAUGCAUGCAUGUUAUGUUGAUAGGGACAUGGGGCAUCGAUGGGGGAGGGGAUUUUGAUUUAGUGGUGAAAGUAAUUCGGAUGCUGAUUAUGGCAGAGACUCGUGGCAGCCAUGAAAAGUAGACAAAAUGUUCAUCGACACUUCCUCACAUGACCGGAUUAUUAUAUACCACCCAUAUCUCAUAUGCCUCCUAUGCCAUUAUCUCUUAAUCUGUAACCCCUAGAGGUUGGCUCAAGCAGUAAGACUGCUCCCUCUAGUCUAAGGUUUGGGUGCACACAAAUUCUAGGAGCCAUCAUAUUGGAAGAAUUUUCCCUUGAAUUACUCAAGUGCACUUGCAAUAAACUCGGAAACUCCUUACCGAGGGUCCAAUCACCCCUGUGAUAAGUCAAGACUUUGUUCCAGAUACCCGGCACCAAUAUUGAAAAAAAAAAACCUAUGAACCUCUGAAUUUUAAAAAAUAAAAUAAACUUAGAAAUGAUUCAAGAGUUAUGGAUAGUGUCAUGUCAGUCCAAUAGAAUAAAAAU